AGUACUAAACCCCGCCUAUUUCUACAAUGUAUCUUAAAAUGUGAUUUAAAACCUAAUGUUAACGACAUUUCUAGUCUUUUGCCUAACCAUAUCUUUAAAUUAACACCAAAAAGCACAUUUGUGUUGACAUGAAUUACAAUAUAUUUGGACUGUGUGGCUGUGGUAAUUAGUGGAAGGGCAUCAACCGGGUCCGCGCCACCAACAUACGAAGGACAGCAUCGACCUCGACCAGACAUUCGCAACGCAGGCUGUAGUGGGACAGAAACCUCGUAGAGCCAAAGAUCGCGUAUCCGUCGUCAGAUUAACCUUUUCAGUUCUAAUUGCCUCAUCGUCUCGCACAUAACUUUGAGCCUUUGGAAACCUGGCUCAACAAGGACACAACUUCACCAUGUCAGCAACCAUUCAGAGAAAGACUGGCUUGGCCAACGCUGCUGAAGCCAAGAAAACAGAGCUCAGAAUUAAUGAGAAGAAAUGCUCAUGGGCAUCCUACAUGACAAACUCUCCCACAGUGAUUGUAAUGAUUGGCCUACCUGCCAGGGGAAAGACCUACAUGUCUAAGAAACUGACACGGUACCUCAACUGGAUAGGGGUGCCAACCAAAGUGUUUAACUUGGGUGUAUACCGCCGAGAGGCCGUCAAAGCUUACAAGUCCUACGACUUCUUCAGGCACGACAACAAGGAAGCCAUGGAAAUAAGGAAACAGUGUGCCCUGGUAGCCCUGGAGGAUGUGAAGGGAUAUCUAACUGAAGAAGGUGGACAAAUCGCUGUAUUUGAUGCAACAAACACAACAAGGGAGAGGAGAGACCUCAUUCUUGAUUUUGGGAAAGAGAAUGCAUUCAAGGUGUUCUUUGUGGAGUCAGUGUGUGACGACCCAGAAGUCAUUGCUGCUAAUAUUCUGGAAGUGAAGGUAUCCAGUCCAGACUACCCAGAGAGGCACAGAGAGAGAGUGAUGGAUGACUUUCUCAAACGCAUAGAGUGCUAUAAGGUUACAUACCAACCUUUGGAUCCCGAUGAUUAUGACAAGGACCUAUCCUUCAUCAAGGUGGAGAACGUGGGCCGGCACUUCCUGGUGAACCGGGUGCAGGACUACAUCCAGAGUAAGAUAGUGUACUACCUCAUGAACAUCCAAGUGCACUCUCACUCCCUCUACCUGUGCCGGCAUGGAGAGAGCAAUCACAACAUGGAGGGCCGUAUCGGAGGUGACUCGGAGCUCUCCCCAGGAGGAAAACAGUUUGCUCAUGCCUUGCACAGCUUCAUUGAGGAGCACAAACUGUCUGACUUGAAGGUAUGGACUAGCCAGCUGAGACGCACCAUCCAGACUGCUGAGGAGCUGAUUGUGCCCUACGAACAGUGGAAGAUCCUCAAUGAGAUUGAUGCUGGUGUGUGUGAGGAGAUGACCUAUGAUAUGAUCCAGAAAUCCUUCCCAGAGGAGUUUGCCCUGAGGGACCAGGACAAGUACCACUACCGCUACCCAGGGGGAGAGUCCUACCAGGACCUGGUGCAGCGGUUAGAGCCUGUCAUCAUGGAGCUAGAGAGACAGGGCAACGUGCUGGUUAUCUGUCACCAGGCUGUCAUGCGCUGCCUGCUGGCCUACUUCUUGGAUAAGAGUGCAGAUGACCUGCCCUACCUGAAAUGUCCACUGCACACAGUGCUCAAACUCACUCCUGUUGCGUAUGGCUGUAAAGUGGAAAUGUUUUAUCUUAAUGUGAAGGCAGUGAACACACAUCGCGACCGACCACUUGAUAACGUCCCGAGGGACCCAGCUCCCAUGCUGCUCCGACGGAAUAGUUAUACCCCCCUGUCCAGUCUCGACCAGUUCAAGCGGCCCAGGCUCUACAGUGCCGGCAACCGGCCCUGGCUCCCUGAGAUGCCAGAGGGAAUGCUGCAGCAAAGCCAAGUUAGUGUCAAAAAUUGGCACCCACUUAAUGAAUCACUCUUAAUUCAACUCGGUCACCUCCCUCUUCCCACCUGCCACCCUCACCCCAAGCCAAUCCCUCUUUAUCCUUAGCAUCCCCUCACCCUUAAAUCCCUUUGAUAAUCCAGACAUGUUGUGGUCUUGUUGGUGGCUUCUCCUCUUUAUAUUAUGUCUGUCUCUCCUCCAACAUCAGCUGUUUGUCUUGCAUGGUCUCCCCUUUUCUUCAUAGGCUGUAUGUCUCCAGCUUGAAUAUGCAUAGCACUAUUCCUAUCCCAAACAAACUGCACCUCUUAUACUCAUUUACGUCUUCUGAAUACCAUUCCAGAAGAUACACAGUUAAAACGUCUUCCAGUAAGCAGGUGUUAUACAUUAGUCAGUUAAAUCCAGCUGGUGAUCCUAGGAGAAGCAUGCUCUGUACAACAAUUAGCUUCAGAGCUCAAUACCACACAAGGACAGUAAAUAUAGACAUGUUGAUGUUUUGAGAUGCAUAUUCAACGUUUCUUGUUGUGGUGCAAGUCUGUUGGUUCAAUUUGGUUUGUUGUGAGUUCAGUACUAUAGCUAGUCCCCCCAUUUGUGUCUCUUCCUUUUGUCCCUUCCUGUCUGUCUGUCUGUCAUUACAGCCUCGUAUAGGAAGCUGUUUUCUGUGAGUAUUUUAGACAUAUUCCUGCAGAAGGUUUCUGUUUAAGCAAUAGGGCCCAAGGGGGUGUGGUAUAUGGCCAAUAUACCACAGUUAAGGGCUGUUCUUAAGUACGACGCAACGUAGAGUGCCUGGAUAUAUCACUUAGCCAUAUAUUGGCCAUAUAUCACAAACCCCAGAGGUGCCUUAUUGCUAUUAUAAACUGGGUAG